AUGAGCACUUCAGUUCAGGCUGUGGAUCGAUCUGUGGUUCACGCAUACCGUCACCUCUACCGACAGGGGUUGAAAGCGAUCCAGUACUCGACACCGGGUCGGCAUAUGCUUCUUAAGUCAUUGCGAAAGGCCUACCGCUCCUCUCCGAUUGAAACAUUUGAUGCUGUCAGAAUCAACAACACCAUUCGUUUUCUUAAACGAGCUACAGAGGUCGCAGGCAUAGAACACAAGAUCUUGAAGAACCUCUUGAUGACAAGGUAUUGGGAACAAGAUUACCUUGCAAGGGAUUUUCGUGUGCCACGAAGUCUAGGACUUGAUGACUGGAGUCUCCACAAGGUCCCGACCUAUUACCUCGGUGCCAAUCCGACCCGCUACACUAUGCACUCGUUAGGCCUCAUUGCUUCCCUUGGGCAUGAAUACACCUACAUCCACCUGGAUCCACCUCGGGGUGAGGCAGCUCGCCCGAAAGGGGCUGCAGUUACAGGAUGA